GGCGCUUGCAUGUUCUUCUGCCCUGUACCAAGUGCGGAGGAGUUUCUUCUCAGGUUUCCGUUGUCUUCAAUGGUGACCAAAGCCUUUCUACAGUGUACGUGAAAGCAUUGCUGUUUUCCUAACCCGGUCCCUUGAAGAAGCUGGUCUGCUCGCUUGUCCCUAGAAUGAGCUUGUCAAUUGGAGAGACUAUGCGACUUCUUGCCUUUCUGUCACCAAUAGUUGUAGUCUGACCAGGGGUUGCGGGGUUGAGCAACGGAGAAACAGAACAAGACUCAGCAAAUUGGGGCAGAAACGAAACGGAGUCUCAAAGUGCCUCUCAACUGAGAAACAGAACAAGACUCAGCAAAUUGGGGCAGAAACAAAACGGAGUACUCAAAGUGCCUCUCAACUGACAAUCCUUGUCAGCAACCAUGUACGUCCGUGACAUCAUGUGCACAGCGUACUGCGCCUGCGGCCACUGUUGCAACUGGGAGCACGGUCUAAAGCUCUUCGGCGGCAACUAUCUAGCUCUCCACAUGUCCCUGAUCAAAGUCGGUGUCAGGAAGCGGAGGAAGGGCGUCAGAGAGCCUGCAAUCAUCGCACGCUACUGGACGAAGAAGGCGCCUGCGAGCCUAGUGGGGAAGGAGUACCUGGGAACGACGUCAAUUGGGACAUAUCCACACGCGCCACGACCGCCCUUGUUCUCUCGGGAGAGCAUCAAGCGGUGGGAGCGAAUACCUUUCCGAAUAAUCUUCCCCUGGAGGCUACCACCAAGGUACGGCACACUGGCGGUCGAUAAGCGGCACUACCCAAUAGGCACCAUGAUGUAUAUACCAGGACACGGCUGGGGAAAGGCGGAGGACGCAGGGCAGGCCAUCCAAGGCGCCCAUCACAUCGACUUGUACAAGCCCCCGCACAGCGGGGCGUGGCGGUGGGGGCGACCAAUCAAGCGGGUGGAGGUUUACCCGCCAGCGGAAUGGUCGUGGAGGGAACGGUCCAUUGAUCGGUGGCGCUUGCCGGGUCCGAUAAAGAAGAUUUGUAAAGGAGUCAACAAGGUUCGAAAAUUCCUUUUCUGAGACACGCCGUCCGUGUUUCCAAUCCACUCCGUCAAUUAAGGCUAGCAUGGCCGAAGGCAUGGAGAGUUCUGUACGUCAGGUCGAUACUUGACAAAAGACAACCUGGACGCCGAACAAAUCAAACAGUUAUUGGAAGGGAAAGAUGUAUUUGAGCUAUAUUGAAGUACGUUAGGUUCCAGUGAGGUUGAGCUAAGUGAGCCGCUGAUGCGCUUUUUCCGAACCCAAAGCGGCGAGUCGAGACCGUCGCAACCGGCUAACAUGCCAAUCCGCAGCUUAUUCUUGAUACGACCGUCUACCAUCUAUGACCGC